CAACGCGCGUAAGCGGCUCAGCCAGCACCGCAAUUCGCGCUGUUUAUCGUAGUGUAUGUGUGGGGGGCCGAGAAAGUUCAUCUGGCGUAACAGCUCCAAAAGAGACGCUCCAAUCGAACUGCCAGUAUCGUUCCAGACUUUCUCCCUGUUAGAGGUUUGUUUUCGAAAAUUUGCAACAGCGAGUAUAACACACCGCGCAAAAACACAAGCACCGAUGUCGGUGGCCGUCGAAAUCCUAGAUCUGCCGGCGCGACACUUCCAGGUGUUCUGGGGCGCCUCGCGAAAUCUGUGGCAAUCGCUGUGGGACCAGUUUCUGGAUGUUACAGGUGAUGACCCAACGCGACUAUGGAUCUAUGGCACCGUCAUCUACACAAUUGGGCUCUACUGGACGAUAGGAACCAUCUACACCCUGCUCGAUGUGACCAAUCGACCGGUUUUUCUGCGCCGCUUCAAGAUUCAACCGGGCACAAACGAACCCGUUGACGGCAAUCGCCUCAGGAAGGUCAUCCGCCAGGUUCUAUUCAAUCAAACCGUCGUCGGUGUGCCGUUAAUCGUAGCGUUCUACAGCAUGAUUGGACCCCAAACGACCGCCAUGGUUCGUCAGCUACCGGCCUUCUACACCGUGCUCUGGCAACUGGCGGGCUGUCUCGUGAUCGAAGAGUUUGGCUUCUACUACAGUCACCGGCUGCUGCACGCCGGACGGAUCUACAAGUACGUCCACAAGCAGCACCACGAGUGGACCGCUCCGAUCGCCAUCACCGCGCUCUACUGUCAUCCGCUGGAGCACACGUUGAGCAAUCUACUCCCGAUUGGGGUGGGCGUUUGGGCUACCGGGUGUCACAUCAGCGUCGCCUGGCUGUGGUUCACCUUGGCCAUUUCGAACACGCUGCACGUGCACUCUGGCUAUCAUCUGCCCUUUCUGCCCAGUCCCGAGCAGCACGACUUUCAUCAUUUGAAGUUUAAUCAAUGCUUCGGAGUUUUGGGAGUGCUCGAUUGGCUUCAUGGAACAAACACCCAGUUUAUCAAAUCGAAACAAGCCGAAAGGGAUUAUAUUCUAACCAAGUUCGUACCGGUGCGGGAGAUUCAUCCCGAUCGAGAAAAGGAUGAGUAAUGAGUUUCGAAUUAUUAGAAAAUAUAAUAUUUUAUCUCUGUUCCCUAAUGGA